CUAUAAAUAGCAAUCUAUACAAGUCAAAAUCACCCAAAAGCACACUGGGCAAAGAUCUGUACACUUUCGCCAUAAAAAAAAUCCACAAAACCCACUUUACUUCAAAUCAAUUAUUUUACUCAUCUAUAGGUCAUUCAUUCUAAUUAGUUCACAAAACAAAUCAAUCAAUAUUAUGAGGAAAAGGGAAAGGGAAAAUCCAUGUGGUGUUUGUGGGCAUUAUCACAAAUAUGAGGAAGGCGAAGUUUGUGGGAUCUGUGGGCACCGAAUGCCUGCUGUUUCUGAAAAGGGGAUUCAAGUCAGUGCGUUCCCUUCUGAGAUCUUGCCUGAGUUUCUAUUUUUGGGUAGCUAUGAUAAUGCUUCUCGCGCUGAGCUUCUCAAGACUCUUGGGAUUUCUCGUAUUCUCAAUACAGUACCUGCUUGUCAGAAUCUUUAUAAAAAUUCCUUCACUUAUCAUUGUCUUCAAGAUGACCAAAAUUUGCCAUUUGAUGAUGCUAUCCAAUUCUUAGAACAAUGUGAAAAGGAUAGGGCUCGCGUUCUUGUGCACUGCAUGUUAGGCAAAAACAGGUCGGCAGCCAUUGUAAUUGCUUAUUUGAUGAAAAGUAAAAGAUGGAACCUUGCACAGAGCCUUCAGUGGGUGAAAGAGCGAAGACCUUCUGUUGACCUAACUCAAGAGGUCUACCAGCAGCUACAGGAGUACGAGCAAAAGAUCUUGGUGUCACUUGAGAACCAGCCCUGCCUCGUCAUGCCAGCCUUCCCUUCUCAUGUGACAUCCUUCAACUUUGGCUUCCCAAAGCCCAGCGACCCCAUUCCUGCUCCAGCCUUCAAUAAUUCUAGUGCUCCUUCACUUUUUGCCCGUCCUGGUUUUGACAUUCCUACACAGGAAUUCACUUUUGGAGCUGCUCAUAAUCAGGGUAACGUCUCACAAAGCCCUCUGAGUGCCAACCAAAAUCCAAAUGGUAGCGACAUCACGAUGGAUGGUUCGUGAUACUACGUGCGUUUUGCCUUGUGAAAAUCCCUCAACUUCAACGAGUAUUCAGAAAGUUAUGCCAGCUGCUGAUGUCAAGAGACAGUUUUUCAGAAGUUUGGAUGUAAAGUGGGAGUAAGUGCUUUAUACAUCACUAGAUGUAGAGUUUGACAUCCCUGUAACUUAAGGUGCCAUAAAAUGGACUCGUUAUUCAGGAAAUCCAAGUAACUCUUGCCUAAUCUGUACGAGAUAUUAAAGCUUUCGUGUGGUUCCUUACUAAUAGAUUUUGUGUAGAAAAUGACUGUUAAAUUACGGCAAAGGUAGGUGAAAUUUGUUAACAUUUUCCUUUUAUACCAAGUCUUCUGCUGAGCAGUUGCUUCA